CCUUAAACUAAAACACUGCAUUCUUUCUCCAUCGCUAAAACUCACCACCUUACGCCCACAUCGCCCUGCGGCAGCAGAUAGUGCCAGUAAUGGCAGAGGAAGAGCACAAGAUUAGUGGAAUUAGUUCGCCUAUCACUGGGGAUAGUCCAAAAUCAAGUGGUAGGAGUGCAAAUAGAUGGGAAAAGAAAAAGGAAAAACGAUUGUUAAAGAAAACGGUGGAGGCUGAGGAAAGCCAAGAUGUUAGUAGAGAGCGGCUGAUGGAAGAGAAUUCAAAACCUAAUGAUGCCGUUUUAGAAAGUGGAUGGACUAAAGGGAACAAAAAAUUGUUGAAGGAGGCUGCUAAUGUGGAGAAAAACGAAAUUACGGGAAUGAGCGCUCUGGAGGAGAGGAAUUUAAAAUCAAAUGAUGAAAGGGUGAAAAAACAGAAAAAUAGAAGAAAUAAAGGAUUGUUGAAGGAAACUAAUAAAUCUGAGGAUGAAUUAGAGGGAGAUGGAGAGAGUAUUCCUGAGGAGUUUAAUCCAAAAUCUACUGAUGGAGGUUCAGAUAAUGGGGCGAAUGAGACAGAGAAUGCGUUGUUAGGGGGAGCUAAUGAACGUGAGGAAGAGCAAGAGAAUCGUAAAAGUAAAAGGAAGCAGCGACUAUUAGAGGAAGCUGCUAAGGCUGAACAACGCGGAGUUUGCUACUUGAGUCGAAUUCCUCCGCACAUGGAUCAUGUAAAGCUUCGUCAGAUUCUCUCUCAAUAUGGGGAGAUACUGCGGAUUUAUCUUGUACCUGAAGGUCCUGCAGCCCAAGUACCUCGUAAGCGAGUAAAUCGUAAGCGAGAUGGUGGAUUUCAAGAACAAGUUUUUUCAGAAGGGUGGGUUGAGUUCACCAAGAAAAGUGUUGCAAAGAGGGUUGCUAAUAUGUUAAAUGGUGAACAAAUUGGUGGAAGGAAAAGGUCUUCGUUUUAUUAUGAUCUUUGGAAUAUCAAGUACCUAAGAAAAUUCAAAUGGGAUGAUCUUACUGAAGAAAUUGCUUACAAGAGUGCUGUUCGAGAGCAGAAACUAGCUCUAGAAAUUUCUGCUGCAAAGAGGGAGCGGGAUUUCUAUCUGUCUAAAGUUGAUAAGUCCCGUGCUCUGAGCUCUAUAGAAGAACGAUUAAAGAAGAAGCAAAAAGUGCAAAAAGAAUCUGGAACCCAUUAUGAGCUCCCUGUUAGCCAGCAGCCAACAAAAGUGUUUCGUCAAUUCCCACAGAAGCGACCAGUCGCAGAUAAUAUAGCGCAAAGCAAACCUCGACUCUCAAAAGAUAUCCUAGCUGGGGUAUUUGGUGGUUCCUAAUGAUUGGAUUUUCCAGUAAUUUAUGGUCAAGAAGAGAUUUUAAAGUGAAAUACAGAAUGCCGGAAUAUUUAUACACGAGAUGAGGUAUUGUUAACUGGUUUGUUUUUACAAGUCCGGUUUGUGAAGAAUUGUAACAUAUCAGGAGCACAUAGUAUUUUUAUUACAAUUCUUCGAUAUCCCACAGCAAUGUAAUGGGCGCCUUGUUAGGAACAUAUUUUACCUUUUCGUAAUGUGUAGCAUUUUAGUAAAUUUUCUAUUAGAAUUGUUUUUUGUAUUAAAUUCUGGGUGCAAACUGCAAAGUGCAAACCCAAAUUUUAUGGUGAAUUGGUAAUUGAGGCUCUGCAAGAAUUAGCCCCUAUAAACAUGCUAAAUCUUAGUCGACAAGACUCCAAAGAUUUUG